AUGUUUCCAAUCUUAUCCAUAUGCGUUUUGGUGUUGACUCUGGGCUGUGGACAGGCGCAAAUUGCUUUCACCAGCCAGCCCUGUACAGUGCGAAAUCCAAAGAUUGUUGGCGGCAGUGAAGCGGAACGCAACGAAAUGCCGUUUAUAGUCAGUCUGAUGCGUCGGGGUGGUCACUUUUGUGGCGGAACAAUCAUAUCCGAGCGGUGGAUCCUCACGGCCGGGCACUGCAUCUGCAAUGGAUUGCAAAAGUUCAUGAAGCCGGCACAAAUUCAGGGAGUUGUGGGUCUGCACAGCAUCAGGGAGUAUCUUAAUGGCAUCGGCAAUGGCCCGGAUGCACUGAGGGUGGACUUCAAAAACAUUGUGCCGCACCCGCAAUACGAUUGCAACAAUGUUCAGCAUGAUAUUGCCCUGCUAGAACUUGUGCGACCCAUCAGCUUUACCGCUCACGUGCAACCGAGCUGUGUGGGCACGGACAAGGGGCAGCGCAGCUUGGAGGAGGAGUACGGCACCGUCUCCGGCUGGGGUUGGACGCAUGAAGACCAGGCGGAGGGCGAUCGGGCGGAUGUCCUGCGCAAGGCAACUGUCAAAAUAUGGAAUAACGAGGCUUGUGAGCGCUCCUAUCGCGCCCUCGGCAAGAGCAACACCAUUGGGGAAACACAGCUUUGCGCCGGCUACGAGAACGGUCAAAUUGAUUCGUGUUGGGCUGAUUCCGGCGGCCCUUUGAUGUCCAAGGAGCACCACUUGGUCGGUGUGGUAUCAACGGGCAUCGGCUGUGCACGUCCUGGCCUCCCAGGCAUCUACACGCGCGUCAGCAAAUAUGUGCCAUGGAUGCAGAAUGUGAUAGCAGGCAGGAAAUAA